AUGCCCAAGAAACUCUCCAAGAACCCGCAGGGCGGCAGCACAACAACCCUCGGCACGCCCUCGACCUCGACGACGAACUCCUCCUCCCUCUCCCUCCCGCGCAUCCUCACCGACGACCUCCCACUGCCCAAGCUCAUUGUUUUCGACCUCGACUACACUCUCUGGCCCUUCUGGGUCGACACCCACGUCGCUGCGCCCCUCAAGGCCAACGCCACGCACUCCGCCGUCGCCGACCGCCACGGCGAGUCCUUCGCCUUCUACCCGGAUGUCCCGCGCAUCCUCUACACUCUGCCGCUGGCCGGCGUCAAGAUCGCCGUCGCCUCGCGCACCUCGGCGCCUGACCUCGCUCGCGACAUGCUGAAGCUGCUGCACGUGCCGCCGCCGAGCGUCGACGAAGGCGGCAGCGGCAGCGGGACGGGCAAGAAGGAGAAGACGAAGAAGGCGCUCGAGUACUUUGACGGCCCGCUCGAGAUCUACCCGAGCAGCAAGAUCCGCCACUUCGAGACCAUCUUCCGCAAGACGGGCAUCCCCUUCACAGACAUGCUCUUCUUCGACGACGAGAGCCGGAACCGCGAGACCGAGAGCCUUGGCGUCACGAUGCAGCUCGUGCGCGACGGCGUGUCGUGGGGCGAGAUCGAGAAGGGCGUGGCGGAGUGGCGGAAGAGGAGGGGAUACUCGGGGUAG